UGCCUGUACGCGCGCGUGGACGGAGAGGUCGUGGCUCGCUCUGAGCCAGUGGAGGUGGUGGAGAAUGAGCGGGAGGUGAGGAGGAGGAAGAGGAGCGAGAAGAUGAAGAUGGCGGAUUUGGAGCAUUACGGAACUUGGUUCGAUGGCGUCUCGUCCGUCAAGCCGGGUUUCGUCACGCAGAACGCCAAGUCAUCUCGCCUCGCCGUGGUAGGCGCAGGCAUGUCCGGCCUCAUGACGACCCUCCUCCUCGACUCGGUGGGUUUGCACAACUACACCCUCAUUGAGGCCUCGCAGCGCUACGGCGGUCGACUGGAGACGGAGUACUUUGACGAGGACAAGGACAAGCACGUCUAUCAGGAGAUUGGAGGCAUGCGUUUCCCCGACUUGCUCUUUGAUCCCAUCUCGGGCAAGAACCUUACCAUGAGGGAUAGUCAGAUCGUUUUCCAGCUAGGCGAGGAAUUGAACAGGAUCAACGCGGGAAACAGGAAUAGGAGCGUAGACUUUAUCCCUUGGAUCCAGAGUGCGCCGGGUAACCUGGUGUAUCGAUCCAACUUCAAGAUGCCCAACGGUUUGCCCCCGAGUAAUGCGCAGCUCAAGGAGAACCCGGAUCUUAUCCCGACGACGAAGCCCUCUGACGAUCUCGCGGCCGCUCAGAAGCUCGUGGCUAACAUGACCAGCACCGCAGCGCUGCGCGCCUCGAUCGCCACCAACAUCUGGCAGGCGCACGAGGAGUGGAUCUCGCAUGGUCUCGACGAUUUCUCUGCUUUCUCCUAUCUCCACAACAAGAACAACUUCACCCUCGACACCGUCGACCAGAUUACUGGCCAGUCUUACAACCUGGCAGAGAACUUCUGGGACAUAGCGUACGGCGACAAUACCUACUUUUCGAACAACACGGUACAGUGGAAGACGAUUGACCGCGGAAUGAGCCAGCUGCCCAAUGCCUUUUGGGGGACUCCUGCUGCGAACAAGACGGUCAUGGGGAGGAAGAUCUACCGCGUCGACAACGAGGAGGACGGUCGUGUCCGUCUUCACUGGAAACCUAGCAACGCCGCUUCCGUACGAGAGGCAAAGAGCGAGUCCUUUGACUACGCCGUCAUCUCUGCGCCUUUCUCAGUCGCCAAGUUCUGGCGUAUGCCCAACAUCUCCCCCUCCUUCACCCGAGCGGUCAAGACGCUCAAGUACUCCUCGGCGUGCAAGGUCGCGCUUCACUUCAAGUCGCGCUUCUGGGAGCGAGCUCCCUUCUCCCCUCCCAUCUACGGCGGAUGCAGUGUGACUGACCUUCCCGGGAUCCGCAACGUGUGCUACCCACCUUAUGGGCUCAACAGCACAGGUCCUGCCGUGAUCCUCGGAGAGUACGUGAGCAACGACGAUGCGGACCGUAUGGCCUCUUGGCCGGAGGAUGCGCACGUCCAGCACGUGCUGGAUGGGGUGGCGGAGAUGCAUGGCGGGGAGGUGGUGUACGACGAGUUUGUCAGUGGGAUGCGCAAGUGCUGGGGUAUCGACGAGUUCGAGGCUGCCAGCUGGGCAGCGCCCAUGGCUGGGCAGCAUAAGCUGUACCUGCCGGAGUACUACAAGACGCACAAUGGGACCAUUUGGGUGGGUGAUUCGACGAGCGUCACGCAUGGAUGGGUGUCGGGGGCUUUGGAGUCGGCCGUGAGGGGGACAGUGCAGCUGUUGCUUGAGCUGGGUUUGGUGGAUGAGGCCAAGCAGGUGACCAAGACGUGGAUGGGCAGGUGGAUCAGCGUUUGA